AUGGUGGAAUCUGGUUUGAUGACUCGCUUUGUUUCAGAUCCUAACGGUCCAUUGUAUUACAAGGGAUGGUAUCAUUUUUUCUACCAAUACAAUCCAAAUGGUGCAGUUUGGGGAGACAUAGUUUGGGGGCACGCAGUGUCAAGGGACAUGAUUCAUUGGCUUCAUCUUCCACUAGCAAUGGUGGCGGACCAAUGGUACGAUAACAACGGUGUUUGGACAGGCUCUGCUACCAUCUUACCCGACGGUCAAGUCAUCAUGUUAUAUACCGGUUCGACCAAUGAGUCUGUGCAAGUUCAAAACCUUGCAUACCCUGCUGAUCUCAAUGACCCUCUCCUUGUGGACUGGAUCAAGUACCCUUCCAACCCGGUUCUUGUCCCUCCACAAGGCAUCCAUCCGAAGGACUUUCGCGACCCAACGACAGCUUGGCUUACUACCGAAGGAAAGUGGCGAAUAACCAUAGGCAGCAAGAUAAACAAAACUGGUGUUGCUUUGGUUUAUGAUACAGUGGAUUUCAAGACCUAUCAGCGGAAAGACGUGCUGCUUAACGCUGUUCCUGGUACUGGUAUGUGGGAGUGUGUGGACUUUUUCCCUGUUUCUAAGAAAUUUGAAAAUGGUUUGGAUACUUCCUUUAUCGGUGACGAGGUUAAGCAUGUGAUGAAGGUGAGUUUGGAUGACGAUAGACAUGAUUAUUACGCAUUGGGGACUUAUGAUGAGAAGAAGGUUAAGUUUAUAGCAGAUGAUUUUAAAAACGAUGUUGGUAUUGGAUUGAGGUAUGAUUAUGGUAUAUUCUACGCUUCCAAGACAUUUUACGAUCAGAAAAAGAAUAGGAGAGUGUUGUGGGGUUGGAUUGGAGAAUCCGAUAGCGAAUACGCUGAUGUUGCCAAAGGCUGGGCUUCAGUUCAGAGCAUUCCGAGAAUCGUGAAGCUUGAUAAAAAGACUGGUAGCAACUUGCUUCAAUGGCCUGUUGCGGAGGUGGAGAGUUUGAGAUUAAAAAGUGAUGAGUUUAAAAACUUGAAGGUUAAGCCAGGGGCAGUGGUGUCACUAGAUAUUGGAACUGCCACACAGUUGGACAUUGUAGCCGAGUUUGAGAUAGACAAGGAAGCUCUAGAGAAAACAGCUCAAUCCAAUGUGGAGUAUGAGUGCAGCACCAGUGGGGGAGCUUCCCGUCGCGGUGCCUUAGGACCUUUUGGUCUUUAUGUUUUGGCAGAUAAUAGUCUUUCUGAGUACACUCCUGUGUACUUUUAUGUUGUUAAGGGAAGCAAUGGAAAAUUCAAGACUUCUUUUUGCUCUGAUCAAUCAAGGUCUUCUCUAGCAAAUGAUGUUCAUAAACAAAUCUAUGGGAGUAUAGUACCAGUACUUGAAGGAGAAAAAUUAUCCUUAAGGAUACUAGUGGAUCAUUCUAUAGUUGAAAGCUUUGCUCAAGGUGGAAGAACAUGUAUAACAUCAAGAGUUUAUCCAACAAGGGCAAUUUAUGGAGCUGCUAGAUUGUUCUUAUUCAAUAAUGCUAUUGAAACCAAUGUCACUGCCUCUCUCAAAGUUUGGCAGAUGAAUUCUGCAUUUAUACGCCCAUACCACCCUGAUCAAAAGAGAUGA